AACAACAACAACACAACAAAAAGAAAAUUUAAAAAACAGGACACGUAAUUUGAUUAUUUGUUAUUACUAGUAUAUGUAAUUAGUUUUGCUUGAGAACAAAGUGUCAUGUAAGCGCAAAACAAUUGAAUUUGGAUUAUUUACCAUACAUGUUAAUUAGAGCAUUGUUAAAUAUCAUAUGGUCACUCAAUUAUACAAAUAUGUGAAUUUGUGAGAAACCCUGUAACCCAUGAUUUGACUAUUAACCCAACCAGUAAAAUCGACACAAGGUACCACACAGGAGAAAGUUUAGGAAUCACUGGUAAUAAUUUUAGUUUUUAUUGUUGAUUUGUUUACUAGAACUUUCUCUGUUUUUAUAAAUCAGGAGCUAAAAAUUAUCAGACAGGACGAACAGUCAGUAGGACAAAGUCAUGUUCAAACACUAGUCUUUCACUAUUUUUUAGUCAUAAGGAAGUGCAGUUUUAAUCGUUCAUGUUUUAUAUGAAAUAUUUCAACCUUAUAAACCGAUAUCAAAUUAACAAGAUUUUCCAGGUGACGGUGGUUAUCAGUAAGAUUAUAAACUUUAGAUGAUUAUGAAGUUAUAUAGUAUCUGAUUAUAACGAGGAUAUGUUACAAAUCUGAUUAAAAUCUAUGUUAUCAUCAUUGUGAAAUUUAUAAACAUGGUGAUAUAAAUAUAUUUAGUACUUGUGAUUUCAAAAUACUAAAUAAUUUUGUGAUAGCUGCGAAGAACUCUAAGCUAGAAUAAGGAAUAUCCAAUGAAACGGAUAUUUGGUUAUUCAGUACAAUGACAAGAUGUGAUGAUCUAAAGAAGGAAUUUCAGUGUAGCAACUUUGUAUUUCGUCAUGAUUCUCCUAAACUAUUCGUUUUGACAGAGUGUGGCCCUAGAAUCUUAUAUCCUGUAUGGACUGGAUUUUGGUUAGUAUGGCAUAUUGUAUGGUUUUCUUUUGAUCCGUACAUUGUAUACAAAAAUGGUGGAGAUGGUGAUCCAUAUUACUUCAUAUAUUUGACAAACUGGGGUUAUGUGCUGUUAGGAUUUUAUAAUCUUGUGGAUUUUAUUGUUACUUUAUAUGUCCAUGUGAGGAGAUCUGAUAUUAUACAUAUAUCUACUAAGUCAGAUAAAGAAGAUCAAAUGCCAUGGUAUAUAAAAUUACUUUGGAUAUUGUUUGAGUUGAGUAACAGUAUUAGUGUCUUAAUAACUAUAGCAUUCUAUGGCUUACUGACACCAUCUGGUGACCCAAUUAGUAUAGAAAAACACGCAGUUAAUUCAGUGUACGUUCUGUUGAACCUUUUUGUCUGUGCCAAACCUGUUCGUUUAUUACAUGUCAUAUAUCCGUUAGUAGUUGGUGUUAUAUAUAUAAUAUUUUCCGUGAUUUAUCAAGUUGGAGGAGAUGGAGCGGCAAUAUAUCCGGUUUUAGACUGGGACCAAGCUGGAACGACUAUAAUAUAUGUCGUAGUUCUCACAUGUAUUGGUGUUCCUGUUGUUCACAUGGCUUUCUUUGCUAUGUAUCAGCUACGCAUAUUUAUCCACGACAAAUGUUGCAAUAAACGCAGUGGAGAGCAGGGUUGUACUGAACAAACCGCAAUCAGCACUGGAGAAAGUGGUGUAACGUCUUACAUGUGAUGAUUAUAUCAGCAUUUUAACUCAUCUAGUCUUGUUUAUUCUUAACACUUUUAUUUCGUUUAUCUUAUGAAAGGGCAGAUCCAUUCAUAUUCAUGUCUUAUUGUGUUGUUUAUUAUUUUUUAUAUUCUUUUCAUUCAUAUUUCUGACUUAACAUAUUGUGCAUUUGCUAGCAUUUAAAAUGUCGACCACGAAUAUCAAAAUAUGUUCGUUAUAAAAUCUAAUAUGACUUGUUACUCUGCGUGUUUCAUAUUGAAAGAACAAGAUUUUUUUCCAAAACAAAAUGUUAUAUUCUUAUCGUUUACUAUUAUCAUUAUUUGACUCUUUGGGCUGUCUUUGUGACAACAUUAUAAUAAAGCUGUGAAAUAGAAAGAUGAAAGAAGAAGGUAUGAUAAGGUAACUUGUUUACCCGGUAGAAGUCAAAAAUAAAAACUUAUAAUUUUUUAUUAUUGACAUUUUUUAAAAUCAUUAUAAGACGUCAAUGAACAGGAUUUUUUUUAAAUAUUUUUAUAAUGUUUGCUUUUGUUCAAGAUUAAAUAUGUAAAAACA